AAGUUGGUAAUAAGUUGCUAGCUGAGGUAGAAGUUAGUUGCCGAAACAUGAAGUAUUCCACCUCUUGCUUUCUGCUACUUCUGUUCAUAUUCUUGUUUUCGGAGAUCACCUAUGCGAGAAAGGACAUGGGAGACUACUGGAAGAGCGUGAUGAAUGACCAGCCCAUGCCAGAAGCCCUUAAAGACCUCUUCUCCCAUCAAGAUGAAGAUGUACCAUCUUUCUCUGCUUCAAAAAACAAGGACCACCGUUUUGUUAGAGACUUCGACAUUAGGCCUAAUGUCAUCAUAUAUCACAGUGCCCAUCAUCACCAUGCUGAUCAUCAGCCUGAAGAAAUGAUGCAUGAGAUGCAACCAAAAGCUUAUAUUCAAACUGUCAACCAUGGCUGAAGUACUAUCCAUGAGUAUAUAUAUGGUUGCAAACCUUGUCAAGUAUUAAACCAGAAGUCUGAAAUACCAGAGCUAGCUAGUAGUGUCUAAUAGAUUUUUGUCAUUCAUCUUUGGUGUAUCAGUUGUGCUUGGAAUUCCUCAGGUUUCAAUGAUAUUAUGUUUAGACGUCUUUAGACUAUCUUAAGGCAGCGAAUCAGCGAUAAUUGACUGCAUGUUUAUAUAAGCUUUUUCUGGCUAAU